GGACGUGUGUGUUCUAAUAAUACAUCCACAGCGUGUACACACACAGUGAAACAGCACCACAACCGACAGCGAGCUGACAGGAUUUGAUUUGGGCCACGGAACAGGCGUGUUAUGAGCUGAGCCCACCGCUUUUCUGGACUAAUUAUCUCCAUAAAGCACUUUUCCACAGAACCGCUGCUGCAGGCACUGCCGCUUCAUCUUGUGCCCGAGCAGCAGCAGCAGCCGAUGGGAGCCUGUUAAUACAGCUGGCGUCUAGUAUAUGUGGAGGAAUGGAGCCGCCCUGUCUUUUGUUCCUUUCCAGUGUCUUGCCCUUACUCAGCGUGUCUGCAUACAAUACAUCUGCCGGUUGUGCCAUCAUCCGUCCUCCCAGAGAUGGAGGAAUAAGAUACAGAGGGCUGACACAAGAGCAGAUCCGCAGUGUGCAGGUGUUGCCUGUAGACUAUGAGAUCGAGUACAUCUGCAGGGGCAACAGGGUAAUCGUGGGACCAAAAGUCAGAAAGUGUUUGCCCAACGGCACAUGGACCGACCUGAGUCAGCGCAGCCGAUGCUUAUUGCUGUGUCCUCGGAUGUGGACAUCUUUGGAAAAUGGCCGGGUGUCAUCUUGGCCCCUGGGCCCCCCUGUGGAAGGAACCACCCUGCAUUACAGCUGUCUGCCAGGCUUCAUCCUCAUGGGCCGGAACUCAACACAGUGCAAUAAGAUGGGCAAGUGGGACACACCCAAACCUGUGUGUCACUAUGACCGUCACUACAAAGGGAAGAAGAAGCUGUACAUCGGAGCCCUCUUCCCCAUGAGUGGAGGCUGGCCUGGUGGUCAAGCCUGCCUGCCCGCCGCUCAAAUGGCCCUAGACCUGGUGAACAACAGGACCGACAUACUGCCGGACUAUGAGCUGGAGCUGAUUUACUAUGACAGCAUGUGUGAUCCAGGGGAGGCCACCAAGCUGCUGUAUGACCUUCUGUACACGGAGCCCAUUAAAAUUGUUCUGAUGCCAGGCUGCAGCUCCGUUUCCACGCUGGUGGCUGAGGCUGCUCGCAUGUGGAACCUCAUUGUGUUGUCCUAUGGCUCCAGUUCCCCAGCUCUAUCCAACCGCCAGCGUUUCCCCACCUUCUUCCGCACUCAUCCAUCCGCCACUCUACACAAUCCCACCCGAGUGCAGCUCUUCCAGAAGUGGAAAUGGACCAAGAUCGCCACCAUUCAACAGACAACCGAAGUUUUUACCUCAACGCUGGAUGAUCUGGAGGAACGGGUGAAAGAAGCUGGGAUUGAAAUCAGCGUUCGUCAGAGCUUCCUCACUGACCCCGCUGUGGCUGUCAAAAACCUCAAGCGCCAAGAUGCCAGGAUUAUCGUCGGCCUCUUCUACGAGACCGAGGCCAGGAAGGUCUUCUGUGAGGUGUACAAGGAGAAGCUGUACGGGAAGAAAUACGUGUGGUUCCUGAUUGGCUGGUACGCAGAUAACUGGUUUAAGAUCAAGGACCCAUCCAUCAACUGUACGGUGGAGCAGAUGACAGAGGCUGUGGAAGGUCAUGUGACCACUGAGAUUGUCAUGCUCAACCCCGAGACUGUGCGAGGAGCCUCUAACCUGACAUCCCAGGAGUUUCUAGCUCAGCUGAUGUCAAAGCUCGGGGGUAAAAACCCAGAGGAGACUGGGGGUUUCCAGGAGGCCCCGCUGGCGUAUGACGCCGUGUGGGCUCUGGCUCUGGCUCUCAACAAGACUGUGGGCCCCCUGAAGGCUAAGGGUCACCGGCUUGAAGACUUCAACUACAACAACCGGGAUAUCACCGCUGAGAUCUACAGAGCCCUGAACACCAGCUCCUUCGAAGGAGUUUCAGGUCACGUUGUAUUUGAUGCACAAGGUUCUCGAAUGGCCUGGACUCUGAUUGAGCAGCUUCAAGGAGGCAGCUAUAAGAAGAUUGGAUACUAUGACAGCACUAAAGGCAAUCUGUCCUGGUAUGGGAAUGACAAGUGGAUAGGCUCAGGCCCCCCUGCAGACCAGACGGUGGUCAUUGAGGAGUUUCGAUACCUGUCUCAGAAACUCUUCGUGUCUGUUUCCGUCUUCGCCGGGUUGGGAAUCCUGCUGGGAAUCGUCUGUCUCACCUUCAACAUCUACAACAGCAAUGUCAGAUACAUACAGAACUCCCAGCCCUACCUGAACAACAUGACCGCGGUGGGCUGCAUGAUGGCUCUGGCUGCUGUCUUCCCUCUGGGCAUUGAUGGUCUUCAUGUCCACAGGAGGCAGUUUCCUGUUGUCUGCCAGUUCCGCCUGUGGUUGCUCGGUCUGGGCUUCAGCCUCGCGUACGGCAGCAUGUUCACCAAGAUCUGGUGGGUCCACACUGUCUUCACCAAGAAGGAUGAGAAGAAGGAUAAAAGGAAGCAGCACCUGGAGCCAUGGAAACUCUACGCUACUGUGGGCGUUCUCCUUGGCAUCGACAUCCUAUCCCUGAUGAUCUGGCAGAUUGUGGAUCCGUUACAUAUCACAGUGGAGAAAUUCACCAGGGAAGCCCCCAAAGGAGACUUGGAUGUUCUGAUCCAGCCUUUACUGGAGCACUGCAGCUCAGAGAAGAUGAACACCUGGCUGGGUGUGGUGUAUGGUUAUAAAGGCUUGCUGCUGCUGCUCGGCAUCUUCCUGGCUUAUGAGACCAAGUCCAUCUCCACAGAGAAGAUCAAUGACCACCGCGCCGUGGGCAUGGCCAUCUAUAAUGUUGCUGUACUGUGUAUGAUCACAGCUCCAGUCACCAUGAUCCUGUCCUCGCAGCAGGACGCCUCCUUCGCCUUCGCCUCCCUGGCCAUCGUCUUCUCCGUCUACAUCACCCUGGUGGUUCUGUUCGUCCCUAAGAUGCGGCGCUUGAUCACCCGGGGAGAGUGGCAGUCAGACGCCCAGGAGACCAUGAAGACGGGCUCGUCCACCAACAACAACGACGAGGAGAAAUCCAGACAGCUGGAGAGAGAGAACAAGGAGCUCCAGAAGAUCAUCCAGGAGAAAGAAGAGCGGGUCUCAGAGCUCCGGAAUCAGCUGUCUGAGCGUCAGGCCCUGCGCUCCAGGAGAAGAGCUUCCACCAUCACCAAUCAGAACCACAACUCCCCCCCUCUGUCCAUCCCCCAGAGCGACCCCAGGUCACUGGCCCCUCCUCCGGGGUACCCCGCCCCCACGUCCGACCCCCUCCCGGUCCCACCGUCCUUCGCCAACUCGUCCAGUCUUUACCAGGCGGACAGUAAGAUCAGCCGUAAUAACUGCCACACCAGCCGGCUGCAGCUGCUCUAUAAGUGAGAAGACGGUAAACGGCCAGGAAUGAGAGGACUAUCAGACGUCUGCCUGAACUGGAGAGAGUGAGGUACUGAUGUGGGCCGGAUUCGAAGGGACUGGUUCCAUUCCAAUCAGCUGAAGCCAGAGGAUGAGCAGUGGAUUGGCUUAGAGUCAAAGAAACCAGUGAACAUUAUGUUUCUAUUUGGUUUACUCAUUCAAAAACCAAAAUGCUCUGCCCAAAAUAUGGAAAAAA